AUGACCACAAGUGAAUUUAUGACAAAAGUGGCAAAAAUCUUUAAUGUUCGGAAGGAUCUCAUUUGCAUUACGUAUAAACUCCCCAGUAGUAUAGAUGAUGAACAAGUGACUGUGGAGAUAGAAGAAAGAGACCCAAAUAGUCUCCAGCAUGCCAUUAAUGUUCUCAAGGAUUACUCUAAGUUAACCAUAGAAGUCAAGCUGCAACCAAACACAAUUGAUUUGCAAGUAAUGGAUGGAAAACGUGUAUUGCGCACAAAAGAAGUCAUUACUGAGGAAAUUAAAAGAAAUAUGGGGUUACACAGUGACACUGAAAAACGAACAAGGGGGUUUGUAGAUGCAAAGUGGACUGAACAGUGCUCUCAAUUAUUAUCAGAGGACUCAAGGUAUUUAUUGCAAUUUGACAAGUUGAAAGCUGGUGCAAAGUUAAUAUUUGGAAAUGAUGGCUACAUCCUUAAUCCAGUCCAGGUGAUUUGCCCAGUUUGUUUGGAAAUUAAGAUUUUGAGUUCAAUGAACCAACUUCGAUCAUUGUCUCAACAUUUCAAAGAAGUGCACUUCCAUGAUCCAAGAGGAAUAAGCAUUAUUAAACGACUUAAUGCAUGGAUGGAAAAUAAUUUUAUUUCUGCAGAACAACUUGAUCAGGAAGCACCACUUCCUGAUGGACUUGUCUCACCACAGGAAAUGUUAUUAACUCCACCGCGGGUCAGGGCAGUUGUCCUGGCCCGUGACAUUUCUUAA